AUGGAUGAUAUCGCCAUCGAUCCGGCUCUCGUAGGCGUGGGAGACGACCCUUUGACCACCAUCGACAUCGAAGACGAAGAAGAGGACGAGUGGGAAUAUGAGUACUCUACAACCGAGGUCGAGACCUACUACCUCACUGUGGAUCUCUCGUACCCCGAGUUCAAGGCCGCACCUCUCAAGGAUACUUUUGCCAGCCGUGGCCGCCACAGAAAAUGGGAGAAACCACCCAACGACCCCUCGAACACGCGUGCGCCAGGCGCUCACGCGCACCGAGCGAACGAGCACGACGACGAUGACGAGGCGGAUGUCGAGCAAGAAGACGAGCUCGAUCCCGAUAUCGACCCUGAACUACAACACGCGGAGGACGACGUUACCAGGCAGACCGAGCAGGAGGGCCUAGACUCGGACCAGGCGGAGGAGAUCCAAAUCCUGGAUCUCCAUUCCAAGCGACCAAUGUUCUCGUACCGGGGGAGAGUCUUUGAGGGACAGUGGUCCGAGAUGAUUGGCACAGACAUGGUCUUUGCUCAGCACGAUGGCUCGGCGGAAUUGCCCACACUACGCCAUCUGCCAGGGGACGUUGACCUCCUCGCGGCCAGCUCUUCGCGCAUCACUACCAAGGAGAAGAUGCUCGUGCCCAAGUCCGGUACCGUGGACACUCUUGCGCCCAUCAAGAAGGAAUGGAACAUCAACAUCCCCAUAGGCCGGGGCAAGACAACAGAGCGCAUCCAGCAGGCCAACUUUCUCGAGCGCAUGAUCGCCCUCAAGAUCCAAAAGGGCCACACCGACCAGGUCACCGUGUACGCCAAGGACGGCGAGGGCAAGCAGUUUCGUGACGACCGCGAUCCCGACUACCGCCCGCGGCGGAGGAAGCCGAUUACGGACCCGGAGAACUACUACGUCGAGAGCGCCACGGGCCGCCUGAAGAAGAAGAGGAAGAAGACGACGACGGGGCGGCCGCCUGGCAGGCCGAGGUGGAAGCAUACGGAGGGCAGUGCCAGAGCGGACUUGGCGGCGGCGCCUCCGUUGUCCACGCCCACGCCCCAACAUUGGGAGGAUCUGACCGGCGGUCAGCGUGAUGCGGGAAGGGAGGGGGAGAGUGGUGAGGAGGAGGAUGAAGACGAAGAGGACUUUGAUCAUGAUACCCCAAUGGCGAAUGCCUGA